AUGGAGAAUUUGCAUCACCGAAAGAUCGUACCUUCUCCUCUAUGCCCCCUCUGCAAGCAGGAAGCAAAAAUGCCCGAGCACACACUUCUUCUAUGCCCAUGGACUGCCAAGGUAUGGAACUCAUCUCCCCUGAAUAUUCGAAUCUCCAGGUUUGGCCUCACCCGGUUCGAAGAAUGGAUCUGCAGAAUCAAACAGAACCCAGUUACUUCGGGCAAAUUUAAUAACAUUGCGGCGGUGCUUUGGAGCGUUUGGAAGGAGAGAAAUCAGUUUAUUUUCAGCCAUCAAAACCCGAGGCCGCACUCAACAAUCGCCAGAGCAGAGGCGAUCACAGCAAGUUACAGAGCUAUAAACGGUCAAUCCAAAAGCGAGAAGGAAACAGAACACUUAUUUGAAAUCUGGAAUCCACCUCCUCCAGGCAAGAUCCGAAUCAACGUAGACGCCUCCUUUGAUCCCGAUCUGGCAAUCGACAUAACUCCCACUGAUGGAACAAAUCCUCCUCGCAACAGAGCAGACGCCUCCUUUGAUCCCGAUCUGGCUAAUGAAACAACACCCACGGAUGGAAAAUAUGGAAGAAAUCCUCCUCGACACAGAGCAGCCAUCGCCUGUGUUUGUCGUGAUCACCGCGGCAUCGUGGUGGAUGGCUCCGCGAAGCAAGUUCCUGCGGCUUCGGCCUCUCAAGUGGAGGCGAUCGCAAUGGACGAAACCCUAAAGUUCAUCGAAAGCCGACACUUUCUCUCUCCCCAAGUACACUCUGACUGUUUAACUCUAGUGCACGCGUUGAAGUCUUCGACCGAACUCAACUGGGAACUGCAACCGAUUGUGAGCCGGGCCCAAGCCAAACUCGCCCAACUUCCGGGCCUUUCCCUGGCUCACUGCCAUCGUAGCUCAAAUCGCCCCACGGAUUGGAUAGCCAAGGCUUGCCGGAACAACUCCUUACCCCCGAACUGGUUAUCAAAUCCCCCCUGCUUUAUUUGA